CCCUACCUGGACUGUACUGUGAUAUUUUCUUUCAUUAUAGUACUGAUUAUCUCGGAAACUGUUUUGAUCCGAAAAGUUAAUCGUGUCCCUUUGAUUGAUUUGCUUCUUUACCGGACUUAUUCCUCGUGUGAACUGUGUUUUAUACUCUCACUCGGUACCAAAAGUCAUCAUGGCUCGGUUUUAUUUCUAACCUUACUUGUUGUUUAUAUUGAUAACUGUGUUACCAUGAAAGGCAUACUAUUAUCAAAAUUUCGGAUUCAUGCGAAGGGUGCAAAGGCUUUUGCCCUCUCAGGCUGAUCUAUGUAGAUUUGCCUAUCGGUUCGGGAGGUUUUUCUUCACGUAAGACUCUUAGUUUGAUCAGGAAUCAUGAUGAAUCACCUGCAAUACAGAAAUUCAGGACCUCCUCAGCUGCACCAAACUUUAUGUCCAACCGCCACUUUGCAGAAUUUUGUGCCAAGGUUCGCUCAUCCCACUGUUUCUAAUGCAGGGUUGGUCCUACCCACUUCAGUCAGCAAUGAGCAACUUCGAUACCACAAUGCUAACAACAUUGAUUUGCAACAAAUCUUUCAUGCCGAUAACAGACAUCAUGCCUCCAGCUCAGAUGUCAAAUCAGACAACAUCAACCUCUCUAAUUGUUUCAAACCAAGCUCGUCAAAUCUCCAACCACUAAAUGAUUUGAGUCGACAUUUCAUUCCUGCACCUAACAAUAAUGGUGAGAUUAAAGUGCCGAACAAAGGUUUCAAUCAUAACUUCAAAGCACCUCAACUUCCAGUCGCUGCCAGUACGAACACUCCUCGCAAGAUGGUUGAUGCAGCUACGAUGACUGAUCCUCUAACACCAGAAGAACAAGAGCGUCUUGGUCAGUGGGAGGGAUUCGCAGCCGCUCAGUCUGGAAAUAAAGUAGCUGAAUAUUUAACCAGUCUCCGUCAGUUUUUGAAGUUAUCAGUUCCAAAUGAAGGUAGGAAAAGACAAGGACUUGGCGAUGUGAGAAUUGUAACUGCUCCUGAUGGAUCUAGACUGUAUUGUUGCUCAGAGUGUCACAUGGCGUAUCCAGACAAAACACUGCUAGAACAACAUUUGGCAUCACAUAAAGUAGAGAGACGGUUUAUUUGCACGAUUUGCGGCGCAGGCUUGAAACGGAAAGAGCAUCUGGACAGACACCAAUUAUCACACUCAACAGACCGACCAUAUACAUGCGCAGCCUGUCCAAAAACGUUCAAACGGAACGAACACCUGGCGCGACACUACAUCAUUCACUCAGGUGAGAAAGGCCAGAUCUGCACUGAGUGUGGGAAAGCGUUUUACCGACGCGAUCACCUACAGAAACACACCCAGGGGCACCUUACAAAAAGACUUAGAAUGGCUGCUAUGGCCUCAUAAAUAAACCGUGUUUGUUUUAAUUGCUCCUUAGCAGUCCUGGCCAUUUAUUUUUUAUUCAUAAGUUCUUUUCACAGUAGAAAGUUCUGUGGUCCAGUCUUGUUUCGACCCCAUGGGCUUCUAAAAGAUAAUUGCACCAAGAGAAUGUUAGAGAUGUAUCUGUAUGUAAACAAGCAGCUUGAUUGUUUGUCGUAUACUUGUUCUAAGGUGUACGUUCAACAUUUUGACUGCCUGUUCUUUUGGAAAGACAGUAUUUUCAAUUCAAGCGAGCCGCAAUAUAUUCAGUGUGAGAGGAGUAGCAGUUCAUGUUGGGAUCUGGUAAUGUCACAGAUAAGACUGAGUGUCAUCUAGUAAACAGAAAAAUGCACCUUCAUUUCAGCCAUUAUUCCAGGAGAGAAGUUUGUUUCGCAGUCAUGGAUCUCUCUGUGAUUUUUUUCUAUAUCUGAUAAUAAAAUUAGGUUUCAAAUUUAGAAAUCUUGAUCUGCUUUUUUCAUGAUUCUUGAUGCAUGGGCAGCAUUCAGGGAGAGAGAUAAAAAUGACAUUUUUACAAAUCCUAAAGCCCAUUUUCUCUUGAUAAAAAGUUGACUUGAACUCUUUUACCUUGAACUGUGGUAAAGAAGAAACUAGAAACCUAUCAUUCCUCGAUCUUAGUCUCUGUCACUCAGUUUCCUCGCUGAACUCAGUCUGUACAAUGCAGUUCAAAUUUCUCAGACUAUGAAUGCAUUAAUCUCAACAGUCAGUGAUUGUAAAAACUUGCUGAGAUAUUGAGGCCAGGGGAAUAUAUUUUUUCUGCAGCCUCCUGAGACAGUUCAUUGGAUGCAGGGAGGCUCUCAAUCUCAUCAAGAAAACAUUCAUCUUAGAUGUAUAUCAACUUAUGUAACACUAUCGUCAAACAAACGGAAACUAAGGAGCUGAUAUCCUAAAAGUAAUUCUUACACAGGGGUGUAGAAAAUUCUCAGCUUUCCCACUUUAAAAGCUCUUUCGUUCAAGAAUUUUUAAACUUUGAACAUUUUUCAUCUUCAUUUACAAGUCGCUGUGAUUUUGUGAAUUUUUCUGCAACUUUACGAAACAUACGCAAAUUUUACCGCAGUUUAUGAAGAAGUAAGCAAUUUUAAUGCUACUGCAAGCUGGCCCUCCUAAUUUUUGCAGCUUUCCCAUUUUUCCAUGUAAGUGGAUUAUGAUCCUGUGAUGGGGAAGUUUCUGCGCCCCUGCUCUUUUAAAUCUCUAUAUUAACAGAUUCUAGCCCAAAACUUCAUCACUGCUCUCAUCUAACAACUUUCUUUAACCACCCAAUGGUUCAGCUCUUCUCUGAAUCUGAAAAUUAUUUCUUUGUACUUCAAAAUAACUAAGAGGCACACAUUGCCUUCAUUGGCAAAAUAUUUUCUCAAGGAGUUCUUCAAGUUUUAUCUCCCUCCUAUUUUGUUUUCUUGUUUUGUUAAUUAUUAAUUAUAUUUAAAUAAUUUAUGAUUUCUCACAUUAUAUCUUUAGUCACCGUUGCCUGUGACUUUAAACCAGUCUAUGGAUUAUGAAGUAAUUAGAUUUAUCCUGUAAUUUUUUGUUACAUAUUUUUUUUUUCUUUUAUUUUCAUAAUCCUCCAUUUUAAAAUAAUCUGUAUAGUAUGUGCAAUAUUUCUGUUUUUAUAGUUUUUAUAUCGUGAAGCAACUCAUUGCUAUUAGCUGAUCUCUACAUUCACAUGAUGUAGAAGGAAAAUAAAAGCGCAAUAGCUUUUGAGUGGAAAACUGUGCGAGCGAUUUAAUGUGCAUCAGUAUUAAUCUAGAUACACUUCACCUGUAAUGCAAGCUGCCAAGAGAGGACAAAAACAAACAUUUGUCACUAUAUGGAAUGCGCUUCUUGAUGUAACCAGUUUCAAAAAAAUUAUUCUAAGAUUAAUUGUUACGACUGUAAAAAGUUGUUUUUUGUUUGCGACUCUCACAAGUCGCAUAGAGUUACUCAGAAGUUUAAUCUUGAUGUCUGUAA